AGGGGUAGCGCACAAACUGUAGUUGACUACGUCAAUGUCAACCAUAGCGCGUGCGUUGCGUGUUAUCCAUACUUUGCGUGAUGAGCAGAACGCGUGCGCACUAAUUAACACAACGUAACACAACAAGAUAAAGAUAAACUUCCCGUCUGACGCUUCGCAGAGCCGCGACCUUGUCUGCAACCGACGCUAAAGAUUGCGAGUCUCCUCGAGGAUGGUUGAUCUAGUAGUAUUCUAAAAACAAGGAUAAUGAUUACUCAAACGGAGAGCGGUGAGGGUAAACUCUAUUUUCAAAGCUUGGAAAUUAUAGGAGAACAAGGCGACGCCAUAGACCAACAGUUUGUAUUCCCAAGACAGUGCUUGGUUCUAGGCGACUCUGAAGUCGGUAAAACCAGUCUAGUAAAGUCUCUCACUGGAAAACCAUUUGAUCCUAAGCAGCAAAAAACCCAAGGAAUUGAUCAGUGUCUUGUGGAUAAUAAGUGGAAAAACUGCAACUUGAAGGAUCUUAUCUUCGGAGACCUGUGGAAGUUCCUCGAAUUCGGCAUAGUACAGGUGCUUUUGAGUACAACUGGAAGAGCAACUUGUAAUGUUGCUCAAGAGUUCAUUGUCAAGUUUGGCUGGAAGAUGCUCGUUUUCGGGUUUCUUACUGUUUUCAGUGUUAUGGGGUUCGCAAUAGUUUAUAAUCUCCCCCUCACAAGUUUUUCAAUUUUCUUCAUUUACUUUGGUCCCGUGCUUUUUCAGCAAUGUGCUAUUGACUGCAACAUUACUAGCAAUUUAAGAUUUAUUUUGGUUACCUUCAUUUCCAUUCUGAGCCAUCGCGGAUUAUUAAUUGGUUCACAACUACUUCUAGUGAUAUGCUAUUUUGAUGAAAGUUUUGUUGAAUUUGUCGGUUGUGCAUUUCCUACUCUGGGCUCAACAGCUGCCAUUGCGUUGGUCGUUUUGUUCAUUCUAAUAGGACCAAUACAAAUGCCUUUAUUUGACACAAGUCAACUAGUAAAGCGUCAAAACUUUAUCGUGAUUCUCUGUUUUUACCGGUUAUUAUUGUCAAUUUUUAUUGGUUUUAUCAUUGGUUUUGUAGCAACAGUAUCGCUUGUGGGUGCUUUUAACAAAGAGUCAUCUACGAAAACACUUUUAACUUCCACAAACAACAGGCAUGUUGUGCUAGCAAGUAUAAUUACCCCUUUUGUGUUGAUUUCCCCGACUGAUUUUAUUUCCGAACCAAUAAAUCGUAUUAGCAUUAGAUCAUCAAUGGAAGAUGGAUCAUUGGGACCUUGUAACAUACUACUCAUUUUAGCUUUCUUUUAUCAUUGUAAAUUAGCGUUAACUUCGCCAAUAUACUAUUUUGUAAUAACAUACCCUUUAUUUAUCUAUUUUACUUUCUGUAAAGAAUGUUUACGUACUUAUUCAAUCGGCAGCUUCAGUGAAUACCUUUCUAACAAUUAUACGAAACUAGCAGUUAUGGGAAUUGGAGAAAUGGACAGAGGAAUGCUAAAAAGUGCUUUGCAGGAAAAAUUUCCCUCACUCAAACUGCAAAUCCUUGAUUUUGCUGGGGAUAAAGAAUACUAUGCCUAUCAUCACAUGUUUCUCAAGAGCCAUGCACUUUAUGUUAUUGUAUUUAAUAUAGCUAAGCUGGUAAAAGAUAGUUUCAAAAAUUUAAAUACGGACAUCGAAAGACUUCAAUUCUGGUUGGAAUCUGUCUGUAGCCAUGUACCACCGAAAACACCAAUCUUCCUUGUUGGAACUCACAGAGGAGACUUGGACGAAACCUGCAUGCAAACCUUAAAUGGUCAUAUAAGGAAAAAUCUUUGGGACCCCUACUGUGAUGAGCUGGUUGUCAAUGAGGUUGAUAAGUUGAUAUUUUUUCCUGUUGAAAAUUCCAAAGGAGAAAAUGAUGUUGGAGUCCAAAGCCUUCGAAUAAAAAUCAUGUCUGUUGCUGAAGAAAGAGAGGCAGCUAGAGAAUGUGACAUACCUUUAACAUGGAUUACAUUACAAGAUGCAAUUAUCAGUCUACGGGAAAAGAAGAAAGCCAAGUUAUGUGUGAAUCUUAAAGAACUUCCUUAUGUAUUUGACAACUUCAUUUGCACCAACUGGUCUGAAGAAACCUUGAAAUACUUCCAUGAAAAAGGCCUGGUUAUAUACCUUGACAAAGAUCGAGAUCUGUCCAAUUGGGUUCUUCUUAAGCCUGAAAUACUGGUUGAUAUUAUCAUCCAGCUUGUCACGCCACCACCACAAAUGAUCCAGGAAAGAGGCUUCAGACGUGACUGGAAACUUCUGCAUCGCAAAGGAAUGCUGACUGAAUCACUGCUGACCAGAAUAAUCUCAACAGUGCAAGAAAACGAAGAAGCCUUGACAGCAUUCCUUGAGGAAUACGAUUUGAUCUGCCCCUUGUCAAACAAGAAGGUGAACAUUUGUAGCUUAAGUGAUGUUGAGGAACACAAGCCAACUCACUUUGUUCCAUCCUUGCUCCCAAUGUCUGCAGAUGGAUACAUUCCCGCAUGGCAUGACAACACCACAGACAAGAAGUUCUAUGUGUUCUUCACGAGGUUCCUUCCAGAGCCCCUGUUUCAUCGCUUGCUAUCUCGUGCCCAUAAGAACAGCAAGUUGGAGUUUCCAAAUGGUGAACCUGUUAUGUUCAAAGAUGUUGGCAAGUUCUGGAUGAGUCCUUGGCAGCCUUACAGGCUGAAACUGAUGAAAGAAGAGACAAUCAUUGAAGUGACAUUCAGCUCCAGCAACAUGCAAGGAAUGAAGCCAGCAGAUGUGUUACAUCAAGUGUUUUCCAUGGUUGAUGAAAUUUGUGAAAGGGAUUUCUGCUUUGUCAAGUUCUACUGUGGACCAGCCUGCCCUUCACAAGAGUGUCCUGGUUACCAUGACAACUACAUGCACACACCACAUCAACACACCAGACGUCAUGUGUAUAAUGUCAUGCCUGGACGUCAGGGAGAUAACAAUGCCCCUCUGUACUGUGUAAACAACAGUUUUGAAGAGGAGUUGCAAGAAUGGAUACCAUAGAUUAGUUGGACAGGUGCAUACAGUACAUGUCUGGAUACAUAACAUCGGCAGUUACUUUAGGCUCGAUUACCAGCCGCUGUUUGGGAAAGGACCCCGCACUCCUCCCCAGGAGGAACAUAGACCGGACUUGAGAGAGCGGUGGAAAUUGAGCCUACAAUUACUUGAGAAAAGGAACCAUUUUGGGAAGACAAGAUUUAGACAUAAACAGGAAGGUACACCAAUUAGUAACGUACAUCAGUUGCCUGAUUAUCAGCCUUACUAAAACCAAUAUGCCAAUAUAUAAUAUGUCAGCUGUUCCCUCACUGAAGAAUGGUAUCAGUGAAGAAAAUAACACAAAAUGCCAAACUAGGAUUUACAUGUACCUACUUGCAGUCACGUGUUUAGAAAUUCAGAUUUUUUAUCUCUAUUUUAAACAUAAUUUGUGAAUGACAUGAAUACAUGUACCUAAAUAGUGGCGACCUUAGUAUAGUAAAAGUUACUUUUUGUAGGAGGUCCCUUGAAACUUCAUGUAGAUUCAACUUGGCAUUCAAGGUUAAAAUUAAUGUACUUCAACUGUAAAUCAAACAUUCUUAAAUUGCAGUCUUUUCUAAUAUUGUGUGGAGAUGCAGUUACAUGUACAUGCUAGCUACAUUUAUAAUUUUGGGCAAAGGGUUAAACAGGGGUUUCAUUAAUGUUUUCAACAGGAGGGCAACUGCUUUUCACAGGCGGGCAAAACUAUUUGAAAAAUAGAAAAACUUUCCAUUAGAUGGUCAAACCAGGCACGCCAGGCAAAAUCGCUCUCACAGCUGGUCGAUUUUCCCGGUGUCCAGCCCUUAAUGAAACCCCUGGCAGGUUGAAAGGUUCAGUUUUAAGUCUUUUAAAUCAGGGCCACUUUGACCAUCCUAAAACAAGUUACAGUACAUGUACAAAGUUUGUUGUUAAAAACAUUAGUACUACAUGUAGGUUUGAUUUGGAAGGAAAAAGUAAGAGAGCCAUGUGUAAACCUUUCUUUUAACCAGAAUUAGGAUUUCCUUAUUUGAUUACCGCUCUUUUGAGAAUUUUGAUUUUUCUUAAGAAUUUUAGAUUCAUUAACUGUCAUUUAACAUUGCUUUUUGUUUCGGUGCACUGUAAAUUACAUUCCCACUUCUAAGCAUCUCACUGAAUGAUGACAUUCAGUAUCUCGUGAAACCUGAGAGGCUUAUGUUACUAUGUUACAGUCUAUGUACUGUUAACUGUACAGAGUAUAUACAAGAGUGUUAAAAUAAUAUUAUAGAUAUCAAUCAUAAGUAUUAUAGUUUCAGUAGGAAAGCUGUAAUGUAAUUAUUUAGCUUUCAAAACAAUCAAAUUACCACUGAAAGUAAAAUAAUGGUCACAGUUGUAUUAUGGGUUACUUUCAGCCACUGAGAUAAUUUCUUUUGUUGUAGUAGUUAGAUAAAACAAGGUCCAUCCUUUAAUCUGCCGUCAUUGAGCCAUGGAAUGCAAAUGGUGUAAGCUAGGCCUCAAAUUCUAAGGUUUCAAAUAACGGCCGGUCAAUGGACUAUGUCCGGUCAAAAAUAGGUUUUGUCCGGUCAAAUCCUUAGAUGGCUGGACAAUUUGCCUGGUCAUUUACACUGGUAAGGAAAAAAUUUAGAGUUUCAAGUUUCAAAUAUUUAAAGGUUCACUAUUAUUGGCGUUUGUGAAAAAGGAGGGGAAAAAGGCAGAUACUUCACUACCAGACCAAGAACUUUUAAUAAAUGAUUCAUAAUAGUCGCAAAAUUUCAGGCUAUCGUUGCAAAUUUUCGCACAAAUGUGACACUGAUUUUGCUAUACCAUGCGUUCCAUUUUUCCUUUGAAAAUUUACUUGUUUCAUAUUUAAACAUCAUGUGAAGGGGGCAGGGGGCACUUUUAUAGCGAUUAGACGUAAUCAAUGUUUGUCCGGCCAAAAAUGGGAUAUGUCCAAGCUAAAAAUAGGUUUGACCGGACAAUUUGACCGGCGCCAGCUGGGUAAUUAUUUGAAGCCCUGAUUUCAAUUUUUGAACAAGCAAUCUUUGUUUUUAUAUCGCUGCUCAUACAUUCCCAACCAUGAUUCGGGGCUUUGAAAGCAGAGUCAAUCCUUGCUUACAACUUAAUGUGAAGUCAAAUGAUGGUUAACGAAGAACUAAAAAAUCUCACCUUGCAGUAAAAGCUGAGAGCUAUCUAUUAAAGGUAAAACAAUUUUGAUAUGUCUGACUACAAUGAAAACCUAGAGAGGUUACUGAUAUAAUUAGAUCUACCUCACUUGUACCACAGUGGGGUAUAGGUUUUCAUUCUUAGCUUAGAGGUAGCUUACAGAUGUCCUGCUACAGCUAAAUGCUCUAAACAUUUCUGAACUCUUUAAGGCCUAGUGUCAAAAUACAAAUCCUCCUCACUGAUAUCCAUACAUUUUCUUAUGGUAAUGACUAUGAGAAUUUGUUCAAGAUGAUAGAAAUUUCUAUUUGGUGAUGAUGUCCUUGAUUCUCACUACCUCUCUCUUGAUUUUUGUAUUGAUACUGUCAGGACAAAUUUGAUGCCGGUCACUCUUAGGGCUUUAAAAUGAUUUCUAGUCUGUACUGCGCAUUGCCCCGAGUUUGUUUACAUUGUUUUGUUUUGAUUCAUGUAAAACAUCACAAACUGUAACAUUUUGCAAUUACUUACAUGAAGUAAUUUCAAAGGUUCAUUUCAACUUCCAUUAUGGAUGCAAAGCUUAAUGCUUUGUUCUUUCUGAUAUCACUUGAUGAAGCAACUUCAUAGCUGUAAAAAUCAAAGAAAAUGCCUCAAAGAUAAGGACUAUGUGGUUUGUGACAAAUAAUUGAUUUGCAUUUCAUCAACUGAGACACAAACAUUGGGGUGCUGAGACUGCGCAGUACGAACUGGAAAUCAUCUUUGAGCAUAGAAUUAGUACUUUAUGUAAUAAAAUGAGCAUGUGCAUUUAAAUAAAACUUUCAGUGAUCAAAAUGUCUAGUGCAUAUGUCCCCUACUUUCAUUUAAUCACAGGAAAAGGUGGGGAUUAGUGAGAAAACCCUAUGGAAUUUGACACAAAAAGGGUAAGGAGGAAGUGUUUACAAUUUUUCAGUCUUGGGCUGGCUAAGGAAAGUUAGCAAAGAGUCGUACUGACCCUGACAUUGUGAAGUCAUAACAUGUCCAUUAUAUAGAGUGAGCUCUUGUGAUGUUUUGAAGAGGUCAAGGAGACUUGGCUGUAAUUUUUGAAGACAACAGAACCCAC